AUGUAUGUUGCGUCCCCAAAACUCAAAAUUAAAGCAAAGGAACCAAAACAAAACUUCGACGCGAGCGGCCGCCACUCUAGACGAGCAAGCAGGGAACGGCAGCACUCUGUGUACAACGCUCUCCAGAAAGUCGAGGAAGAUGCUUCCCUCGUGUGCAUCCACGAUGCGGCGCGACCUUUGGUAACCAAGGCAGCGGUGAUCGCAGAUGCCGAUGAGUAUGGCGCAGCGGUGCUAGGAGUGCCAAUGAAGGCUACCGUCAAGGAGAGCGCCGACGGGCAGUUCGUGCAGCGGACCAUCGAUCGAUCCCGCCUGUGGGACAUCCAAACCCCCCAGGGGUUCGACAAGGUCAUGAGCGAACGGUGGGAGGUGACCGAUGACGUAUCCAUCGUGGAGCAGCUCGGAUUGCCGGUGAAGCUUACCGAGGGAGACUACACCAACCUUAAACUCACCACCCCUGAGGACCUGGUGGUCGCUUCCCGCAUCCUCGAGGCCCGACGAUUGUACGAAGCCGAGCACGGCACGGGGGACGACGACGACGACGAAGACGAAGAGGGGGGAAGGGAGAGCAUCUCCCAGAUCCGCGCCAACGAGAGGUGGACCGACCAGCCGCGCCCCAUCGGAAGCGCCCCGGAGGAUGAGAAGGAGAGCAUCUCGCAGAUCCGGGCGAAUGAGAAGUGGGUAGAAGGGUCUCCCGGGUCGGCGAAUAGCUACGACGAGCCCAUGGUGAAUCUCUCCAAGAUGCGGGCCAACAGUUAGGUUUUUUAUUGGGGGGCGGGGGGGAGGGGCAAGUCUAUUUUUUUCGUGUGGCGGAGAGGGAAUUAGGGAGGGGUAGACUUGUCUGUUGGGGGCACGUCCUUGUUUGUGUGUUUUCCACGCGUUGAAGUGUGCGGUUUGGUUUCCAGAAUUGGUGAGAAACGUCGGCAGUCAUCGGGGCACAAGAAAAAAAGGGGGCUCCGCGGAUGGUGUUAUACCCUCGUGGGUGCCGGGCUGUUCGGCGCCAAACGUCUCCCGAGAGCGACCGGUUGUUGAACGCGCCCAUUUGUGUGUGGAGCGUUUCAGGGACCACAACAGCACCACGUUGUGUUGUUGUUGCGUAACCGACUUUGCCCUCAGCGGGAAAAAUAAAAUUAGGUGCCGGUGGGGAACAGUAGUAGAGUUUUUUUUAAACACGUCCUAGUAAUUACGGUUACCCAGCGCUCAUGCAAUGCGAUGAAGGGGGCAGUUGAAUUGUAGGUCUGAUCCGUUCAGGCGAAUGGAGACCUAACGUUUGCUUUGGAGACAUCGGUGUGUGAGUCGCGGGAAUGCAAUACUUCAUAGCAAGGCGUGUGUCACUUCUCUGUGUACAGCGAAGACUGGCGAACCCGGUCCGCACAUACCGCUCAUAUUCUGUGUGAAUCUAUGAUAGGUUUCCUCCAAGAGCCUGUCUGUCGACACGCGCGCGCGCGGCACACGCCUUAAUGACCACUCGGGUAGAAGACGGCCCAGAGACAAGUGAAGCUGUAAGGGGAGCACAAUACCAAAACCCAACAAAUGAUGUGUACCUUUCGGGUUGAAUCAGGCGUGCGUUCCGUCGUCUGUUUUGUUGCAUGUCCUUUUUCCGUACACACGAAGUAGGCAUACGAUAAUGAGAAACAACCUUGUCGCUGCAUGAGCUUUGCUGCUCAAAUUCUUGUUGCUUGCUCUCCUUGCACAAUCAGUCCCGGGAACUUUUUGCGUUUUUGCCCCUGAAAAAAAAAACGGUACGCCAACAGAUGAUCAACUCCUGUCUCCAGGUUCUCCUUGUGUACCAAAAUAUGUACAGAACUUUGAAACGGCGUCGUUUUUCGGUGGAUUCCCACCUCCCUCGAAAAAUUGGAAAUCUGAUUGCGUUUCUGGAGCAAAAGCACGCAAUUACUACGGAAGAAAGCACGGCUCACUAAUUGAAAUCCCGAUAUUUUGCUUUCGAAAUAGAGUGGGCACAAUGUAGUCUAAAAUGUUUGAUUUGAUGUUGUCCUGCUUUUCCGAGAGAGAUUACGCCUAAAAUCAGUAGAUUGUUGCGUCUCUACGGUCUACCAGGCUGCGUACAUUGUUAUCUCCGUGAGUUUGACGCGAAAAUCAACCAAAGCAAGGUGUUGCUAGGCUUUCCGAUCGCUUGGCUUUGGUGUUGAUGAGGCCAAGCGAAAGUUGUUCUACAUAGGUCUAGACAUAUCUCAUCAUCGUGACCCCUCUCAACUUCUCACGACGCUGUCUCGCAUGUAUCCAAACCGGUUCACCCUCAUGUUACUCUGCCCACAAUUUCGUGGUUCGGCGGUCGCCUAUUGGUUAUUCAUACGACAUCUACAGCAGACUAGUGUAUUAUAGUCUUUCUGUGCGUGUAUUUAUUUCUCCUUAUUUAUAUGUAAUCUAUUUUCGGGGACAUCUACAUACAGAACACGCCACAUUAAGAACCGCUUAUUUAGCUUGAGGCUCGCCGCUUAGACUGUUGAUUGCUUCCAACCGAGCAUAUGUUCUUAUUGCCAAGUUCUGAUUUGGAACAGGCAUUCACCUAUUUUAAAGGAGUAUAAGCCGUGGGCGGUAGCUUGCUCCUAGAGAUAUAUGAAGGUAGGUUCUGUCGUUGACACGCUUGUCCACGACCACGUUGAGAUGGGAAGGUUGCUUGUUAUUGCUGAGAGACGAUCAGCAAGGGUCUGAGGUUGAGGGCGAUCUGCCCUCAACCUAGGGGACACGCAGACAGCUAAAUCCCGAUGGGGUACGUCCUAUGAGGAUAUACCUACUGACGUCCCCCAUCAUGAUCUACACCGACAGUGUACUCUAUCUGUGCCGUACAGCAACACUCCUUAACA